UUUAAGUAAUUCUCACAAGGAUCAUAAUUUUCAAUCACCGUAGCCACCUGUCAAGAUGGCCGUCCACGAAACUUUGCAAUUGCACAUUACAUCAGAGAAGUUUAUUUUUGAGCCAAUAGACACUGGAGAAAAUGAGCUGUUAAUUAUAGACAGAGUAACACAAGAAAUAUACCUACAAGCCAACGACGGACAGAUACCUGCAGCAGGUGCCAUUACAAAGUCAGUAUGUGGCAUUAUGGGAAUUAUACGGCUUAUUGCUGGUCCAUACUUAAUAGUCAUUACAAAGAAGGAGAAAGUUGGGGAGAUUGGAGGUCAUGUGAUAUGGAAGGUUACAGGAACAGAGCUUCAUUCCUACAAGAGAACUAUGCUUCACCUUACAGAAAAACAGACACGAGACAAUGCUGUGUAUGUAUCUAUGGUGGAGAGUGUGUUAAAGACAGCCUCAUUUUACUUCAGUACAACAUAUGAUAUAACCCAUACAUUACAGAGGUUACAUAACACAAGUCCUGACUUUGUGACCAUAGCUUUACACGAACGAGCUGAUCAACGAUUUGUAUGGAACAGCCAUGUUUUACGAGAAUUAUCGCAGCAAGCCGACCUUGGCAGAUAUUGUAUACCUGUCAUGCAUGGAUUCAUGAGUAUAUCAACAUCUGUGAUAGAUAAUAAACCUAUCAAAUACAUCCUCAUCUCCAGACGAUGUGUAUUCAGGGCCGGCACGAGAUUCAACGUGCGUGGACUAGACAUGGAGGGUCAGGUUGCAAACUUUGUUGAAACCGAGCAAAUAUUGCAGUUUGAAGGAACUUCAUGUUCCUAUGUUCAGACACGUGGGUCAAUUCCUCUACACUGGACACAAAGGCCUUGCCUGAAAUAUAUGCCAUUAGCACAACUCAGACCAACAAACCAUAUUGAUGGCAUGUCAAGACACUUUGAAGACCAAGUUUUCCUGUACGGGGAUCAAGUGGUUGUCAAUUUAGUGAAUUCUAAAGGUCACGAGAGCCGGUUAGAGAAGGUGUUGAGCAAGUGUAUCAGUGAAGUUAAAAAUAGUCGAGUAAAGUAUGAAUAUUUUGAUUUUCAUCAUGAGUGUCGUAAAAUGAGAUGGGAUCGUCUGGCAUUACUAGUCAGCAGGUUAGAACCUACACGCAAACAAUUUGGGUAUUUUAUGGUAUCUCAGGAUGGCACUAUAUUAAAGCAUCAGGAUGGUGUGUUCAGGUCAAAUUGUAUGGAUUGUUUAGAUAGAACCAAUGUUGUCCAAUGUCUGUUUGCCAAAGUAACACUGGAAGAACAAUUAUUUGCUCUUGGGAUAACAGACAGUGUAACAAAAAUAGAAGAAUUUACUGAGUUCAAGACUAUCUAUAAUAAUGUAUGGGCAGAUAAUGCUGAUACUAUAUCAAAGCAAUAUGCAGGUACUGGAGCUCUCAAAACCGACUUUACCAGGACAGGGAAGAGGACCAAACUUGGUCUGUUAAUGGACGGCUGGAAUUCUUUGACUCGUUAUUUCAAGAACAAUUUUAGUGAUGGAUUUCGACAAGACUCUAUAGAUUUGUUUCUAGGAAAUUAUCAAGUAGAGGAGAAUGAAGGGAUUUCAAAACCGUCGCCAUUCCAGACUGAGAGAGAUUGGAAAUUCUAUGCUAUUCCUGUGAUAUUUGUGAUUGCCAUGUCAAUGUUAAUCAUCAGCAUUCUUAUACCAGAUGAAAAUGUUAGUGAACAAAUGUUAUAUGUGUUCUUCUGGGGUAUGGCAAGUUUGGUCUCGCUAGCUGUUAUAUACAGGUAUGGGUCGGAGUUUGUUGAUCAGCCGAGACUCGUACACACUAAAGUCAAGAUGGACUAGCUAUAUGAACAGGAUAAAGUGCACAUCAUCUAAGAUUGAAUGUUCUUAUAAAGAACAAUAUAGAAUUGAUUUCUAUACAGAAACUGUCAAAUAAAUCUGAAGAUGAUGAAAUUAUUUAUAGACGGUAAUGGGAAGAAAAUAUAAAUUUGUGAAGAUGAUAAACUUGAUUGAUGUUUUCUGCCUUCAUUUCAAACAGUUUCAUAGUAAACACUGUCUAACAAUUACAAAAUACAGACAUUAGAUAUGUGAUUUUAUGGAAAUUGUGGAAAAUGCUAAUUAUGCCCCCACUUCGAAGAAGAGGGGGUAUAUUGCUUUGCACUUGUCGGUCCGUUGGUCCGUCGGUCCGUAGACCAAAUGGUUUCCGAGUGAUAACUAAAGAACCCUUAGGCCUAGGAACUUCAAACUUGGUAUGGUGACUGGUCAUGACCAGUAGAUGACCCCUAUUGAUUUUGGGGUCAAGGGGUCAAAGGUCAAGGUCACAUUGACCUUGUAAGCAAAAACGGUUUCCGAUCAAUAACUAAAGAACCUUAAGGCCUAGGAACUUCAAACUUGGUAUGGUGAUUGGUCAUGAACAGUAGAUGACCCCUGUUGAUUUUGGGGUCAAGGGGUCAAAGGUCAAGGUCACAUUGACCUCUUAGGUAAAAACGGUUUCCGAUCAAUAACAAAAGAAGCCUUAGGCCUAGGGACUUCAAACUUGAUAUGGUGAUGGGUCAUGAUCAGUAGAUGAACCCUAUUGAUUUUGGGGUCAAGGGGUCAAAGGUCAAGGUCACAUUGACGUCUUAGGUAAAAACGGUUUCCGAUCAAUAACUAAAGAACCCUUAGGCCUAGGAACUUCAAACUUGGUAUGGUGAUUGGCCAUGACCAGCAGAUGACCUCUAUUGAUUUUGGGGUUAAGGGGUCAAAGGUCAAGGUCACAUUGACCUUGAAGGUAAAAACGGUUUCAGAUAAAUAAUUUAAGAACCCUUAGGCCUAGGAACUUCAAAGUUGGUAUGGUGAUUGGUCAUGACCGGCAGAUGACCCCUAUUGAUUUUGGGCUCAAGGGGUCAAAGGUCAAGGUCACAUUGACCUUGUAGGUAAAAACGGUUUCAGAUCAAUAACUAAAGAACACUUAGGCCUAGAAACUUCAAACUGGGUAUGAUGAUUGGUCAUGACCAGUAGAUGACCCCUAUUGAUUUUGGGGUCAAGGGGUCCAAGGUCAAGGUCACAUUGACCUCUUAGGUAAAAACGGAUUCCGAUCAAUAACUAAAGAACGCUUAGGCCUAGGAACUUCAAACUUUGUAUGAUGAUUGGUCAUGACCAGUAGAUGACCCCUAUUGAUUUUGGGGUCAAGGGGUCAAUGUCAUAUUGACCUUGUACUUAAUGACGGUUUCUGACCAAUAACUCAACAACUCAAGUUGCCUUGGUUGAUAUUUUUAUAUUAAACUAAAAAUGCUUUUGGUAUACACAUUUGAAGGUCUUAUGUAAUAUAACAACUUGGCUGUCCUUAAUGAGGCCUACAUGAUUCAUAAAAUUUAUGCAUAUAUUAUUUGGUAUGAUUUGUAAUAACUUAAAUUGCUGCACACAACCUAUGGGGUCACAAUAAUUAUUACCUUGUGACUAGUCAUGACCAGUAGAUACUAGAUAACCCUUAUUAAUUGUUUGUUCGCUGGGUCAGAAGUCAUGCAUAAUAACCUGAUCACAUGACUAAUUAGCUGCCGAUAGGGGGCAUACAUGUUUUACAAACAUAUCUUGUUGAUUUUGCUUUUUGUUUUUGAGCCUAUAUUUUAGCUUUAUCUGAGCACUAAUUGUUAUUAGGCAAUUCUUUAAAAAAAAUUACUAAAUUUCAGGGCACUAGACACCUUUUGGGGACAGGUACUCAUACCCUAAGGAAGGGGAAUUUUGCGUCGUUUUAAGGCGAAAUUCGAAAUUUUAUGUUAUCAUGUAUUUAGUGUAUUUUUUAUCACAUUUACUCAUUACACUAUUUCCUACCAUUGGUUUCAAUAGUUUGUAAUUUUCCUACCAUUGAAAUCAAUAGCUAGUAUUAGACUAACAAAUCAAACAAAUUACUUUAAGUUGAUUUAUUUUAGAAUUUGGAGGGGAUUUUUUUCUGAGAUGGGGGAAAAAUACAUAUGAUUUUGAGAGGGGAACGGUACCCAUAUUCGGCCCCAAAAACGACCAAACGAGUGCCCUGAAAUUGUUCCAGUGAACAAGAAGGCCACCUGAACCUAAAAGAGAUUCAAGCUUUAAAUGAUAUUUCAUCCUCAACCUUUUGGUAGAUUUUGAUGAAACAUUACAGGAUUGAGCCAUUGUUCUUUUUACUCUGGUAAACAAAAUUGCUGCCAGAUCUAAAAAUAAAAAAAACCUUUUAAUAUCUUGUCAAAGGCAUGGCAUAUUUUGAUAAAAUCAAUAGAAAUCAUACUUUACAAAAGUUUCUUAAGUCAUCACAGUCUGCUGAACAAGAUGGCUGCCUGUGUGCUUUAAAUAAAAACUCAAAUUUAUGGAAUGAAAUUAAUGAAAAUCAUAUAAUCAUGUUUAUUUUAUAUGCAAGGAAUUUAUUUAAUACUGUAAGAAUUAAUACUUUGUGAUGUUAUAAUUUUUGUGCAAGAUAUUAAAUAUAGGUAUAUUAUUAUUAUUAUUUUGAAUUAAUUCUUACAGAUGUUUUGUUUACUUGGCUGGAACUCAAAUUGUAAAUGAACCAAGUAUUACAUGAGUAUUGCAUGAAAAAUUUAGUUCUGUGUGUUUGUGCCAAUCUUUCCAGAUAUUUCUAUGUAAAUAGAAUUGUAUAUAUAUGUAUUGAAUUUAUUAUUAGAAUAAGGUUUUAAACCAAAUUUCUAUACUUCUGUGAAGAAUGCAGUAGUAUUUGGGGUUCAUAUUAGUUGCUUUAGUAGAUUUACACUAAUAUUUUCCAUGUUUGUGUUCUGAUUAUUGGAUACAAAAGGUUAAAAGCCCAGAGAUUCUGUGGAUGUCUAUGAAAUACUAGAAAAUAUCUACAUUUCAUAUGAUAAGCUAGAUAUAUUAUAUAAUAAUUGCUUAUUUAGCUUACAAUUAUUUUUAAUAAGACUGGUUUUAUAUACUAGUAUUUUAUCAUUAUCCCUUCAAAAGAUGGUGAUUUUGUAACUUGUACAGUAAUUUUUAAUGUGAUCUCAACAUUGGAUGAAUUCAUUUUCUUAGUAAUCAAGUCAUGAAGUACUUUUAAAAAAGCCAUUGAAAUAAAAUACUCAGAAAAAGAAACAUAUCAACUUGAACUCUAAGCAGCUAUUAAGUAUACAGUCAUCAGAUAAACUCUAGCCGCCCUCCAUUUACAAUAAUUGUUUUUCACUAUUUUUAUCAGAGACAAAUGUAUUUUAGUAGCCUUGUUAGCCACUUAUUUGUUGGUUUGCAAUAACAGGUCAUUCCAAAAUUUCGAUUUAUUGGUUUGAAAUAACUGGAUUUUACCAAAAUUUUGAAUCCCAUUUGGAUUGCCAGUUAAUGAGGUCUUCAAAAAUGUUGUUAAGUUUGAUAGAUGAUGGAACUUGUCAGCUUGUGGCUAGAAUAGUUUACGGGUACUAUGUUAUUGUUAAAAACCAGAAAGUUGCUAUACAACCCUUGUGUUGUUGUAACCUUACAAAAGAUGUCUUUUUUAGCUCAAAGGUUCUCAUAGAGGUGUGUAUAUCAUGAUUCUGGCAUGAAAAAAUGGUGUCACAGCAGACGACAACUCUGGUUUUUUUUUUUAUUAUAAGUUUUUUAUGUUUAAUGAGGUCGCAACCUUCUGGGCUAAAAUCCAGGCAUGCACCAAAGUAGUUGAUGUUUUGAUUUCAAAACCAUCUUGGUUCAUUGGAAGGAUUUAGAAAGUAACAUGUAUCACUGUUAAGGAUAUUGAAUUGAUGUCAUACUAAGUGACUUCGUAAAGUUUCAUAAAUUUAUUACUAUUGAUUAUAUGAGAGCAUCAAGUAAAGAAAAUAAUUUUAUAUGUACAUAGCAUAUAUCAGUAAAUAUAUCACUUGCUUUACACUUGUUUUAUUUAAUUUGAAAUGCUAGUGCAAUUUUUCAUAAUAAAUACAUAUGAAUGAUCAUUAUACACAGUAAAUAAAGCUAUACCUUUAUUCCAUCAGGGAAUAUAAAAGACCAAGUGUGUUUGUUAAUAUAUUGGAUUGUAUGAUAAAUUCAUAGCUCAUGUACAUCAUGAGGGACCAUUAUAAACAACAUAAUAUGCAAAAGUAAAAUACAUUUUAAGUAGUGCUCAUAGCUAUUUUUUGAUGGAAAAAAAAUGCACUAAAUCUGGUGACAUACAAAAUGUUUUUGCUGUCUUUAGCACACUAGUUUAGUUACUGUACGUUAAGCUGGAUUAAGCAUAUUGGUGUCAAUUCGUACCAGUGUGAUUUACUUUUUCUCUAUGUGAACAAACCCAAUAAAACCUGAGUGCAGUUAUCAUUUACAUGCUUUCUUUUCAUUGCUCUCCAGGGCUCCCUGAUUUUUUAGAAGUCUUGCUCACUCUACUCUCUUGUCUUUUUUUUCAAUUUAAGAUCUAUGAUAACAUGUUGUUGUUAUUGAAAUAUUGAAUAUUUACUCAUAUUUAUUUCAGUGAUUAAAAUGUGAUUUCACCAUAUAGAUGAGAAAAAAAUUACAUCACUUGUUCAGUGCACAUGUAAAUUAGAUUUGUUUGUCAUCAAAGAUAACUAAUGAAAUAAUGUGCAUAUUUAUUGUGUCGCCACUACUCUAUAGGGAUAACUUGUCCGUCUGUCCGUCCGUCACAAAACUUGUCCGGACUACUCCUCAUAAAGUACUGGUGCAAUUUUAUCCAAACUUUACAGGAAUGAUCAGUACCAAGUCUAGUUGUGCACUGUCCGUCUGUCACAAAACUUGUCCCAACAUGAAAUUGGCCAUCAUGAGGCGACACGUGAUCACUGAUCACUCUUGUUAUUUCCCAUGUUGUGCACCUUAGUUCAAUAACGGAAUAAGUCCUUUGAAUUUAAUACAAGUUAAUCACUGAUUGCACUAAGGUGACGAUAGGUGGUUUCAGUAAUUUUAUUGUUAAAAUAAAGAUUUAUAAUUUUAUGAAGUUAAGGAAAAGCUUGAAUGUUAAUAUCUGAUAAAAGAGUGUUUUGUUUCCAAUGUAAUUUAUCAUCUUGUACUAUUCUUUCAGUGAAAACAUCAAAGUUAACUUAAAAAAUUGUUAGAAUAAGAAAAGUGCUAACAUUUUACUUAUCUAGUCCCAGUAUGAGUGGUCUUUGUGAGUCUUGUGCGCUUGUGAUGUGUGUAUUGGUUGAAAUUUGUUUAAAAUAGUGUAAAUAUUUAUGAAAAGAAUUUAAACAAAUGUACAUGCUCUACUUAUAUUUCUUUGUAUGUAUAGCAUAAUCAUACUAUAUGGAUUUUUAAGUUGACAAAAAAAAUCUUUGUAAUGAUGUUUCUAUUGAAACCCGAGUUUCCAUGAUUUAAUGAUGUUUCUAUGGAAACUGGGGUUACACAUUAUUGUGUUUCUUAUAUUCAUGGGUUAUUGUUUAAUAAAUUAACAUGGGGUUUGUUAAAAGCAUAAUCAUUUGUAUCUUUUAAACAAAUGGUAUUGAAAUUUUUGUUUACUGCUUAAAUUGUAAAUUUUUAAAGCCAAAUUCAUAGUUUUCUCCCCUACUAUAACACAACAUAAAAACAGUGCCAUUUCCCUCAAAAGUGAAAUGGAUGUUAAUAUAAAUAGUAAUUUGAGAUUAGCUUGAAAUAUUUUUGGCAACUCAGACACAUACAGUCAUGUAUAUGUUUCAUUUUUAUGAACUUAAUAAAAUGUAACUUUAGUUCUUAUAAACAUCCAUUUAACAAAAGAAUUUGCCUCAUUUGUUCCAACUGGCAUAUCAAAUGCACAAAAUUAACAUAUCAUGGCAGCGGGGAAAAUAUAUUAUUUGCACCAACAAUUGUAUUAUCAUUUGCCACAUGUUAAUUUUAUUGUAUGUGCCAAUUUUGUCAACUUGAUAUAUGAAAGGUUUUAUUUUUUGCUUCAUUUGUCAUCCGAUGCAUAGGGUCAGUGAUCCACCAAUAAGGAUAUCUUGCCAAGCAGAGGCACUACAAAUUGCUUGUACAGGAAAACAGGAUGUGUUCCUGUUGACAAUUGCAAUUGUGUCAUAGCAAAAUUAUGAAAAUCAGCUUAUAUAAAGCUUGGCUUAUAAGAUUUUAGUGAUUAACAUGUUUGUAUAAAAAUUUCACAAGGAAAAUAUAGAACAACUAGUGCAAAUUAAGACCAGUUAAUGAUCUGUGGUGCUUUGAUAUAAGUUUGGCACUUAUACUUUCUUGAAUGGCUAAUUAGCACAACCUCAAAAUCUGUAAUAUUUAAUUAACAUUGUUGAUAACUCUGGCUAUACAUGUAUUUAUGUAUUUGGGCAAUAAAUAUAAAUUUUGGAGUGUUAUCUUAGAAAGUUGCAAGUUACAAUAGUAACAAAAAAGCUGUAGAUUCAAGUUAAUUUCUCUGAUGCACUGAAAAUUUAAUGUGUUUCAAUUCUCUUAUAAUGAGAACUUACAAUUAUGUUCAUUCAUUUGAGAACAAAAGUCAUGUAUAUUGUAAUAUUUCUUUGCAACAAUAUUGCACAUGCUGUAUAAUAAUGUAUGCCAGUCUUUUACAAGGUAAACCAUGUUAGAUAUCAUUUAAUAGCCUCAGUGAAGCAGUCCUCUUAUAUUAAGAAAAAUCACCCUAUUUUUCACCAGCCCAUACUGUACUAGAAUAAACCUUUUAUAACAAAAUGUUUUUGCCUAUAAAGCUAACAAUAGUUAUGUGGUAGUAAUAGACACAUUUUUUUUUCUUUCUAGUUGAUUUAGUGAUAACUUUGAAUUUGUGGAAUUUAUUGGCUAUUCACUACGUCUCUUUUUUGAAAACUAGAUGUUGAAAGAACUCCCUUUGGUAACAAAAUAUUGCACAUGCUUUAAUACCUAAACAGGUUAAUGUCAAAUUUGUAAAACAGAAAUUGUUAAUUUUUUAAAACAGAUUGGACUAUGUGUUCAGUUGAUAGAUAUAUUAUGAUUGAAAUUAAAAUGGUCAAGUUUAGUAUUAAACAUACCGUUUACAUUCUUACAGUAGAAUUAUGUACAAUUUUGUACCAGGACUACUUCACAGGAGAUGUAUUGUUGAAAGAGUUUGUGUAUAUUUAUUCCUUAUGAUUAUCAGUAAUUACA